AUGGUGCCGCGCCUCCGUCACAACGCCACACUCGAAUCUCACACUGUGUUGAAAAUGCCGUCAGAAAAAGACACAGAAAGAGAUGAGGCCGGCUACCCACGAAUGACUAAGACAUAUCUAAAGAAGCUGUGCAGGGAGCAGAAGUUGUACGAUACGCCAUACUUGAACGACGUGCUGUAUUUGCACUUCAAAGGUUUCGGAAAGAUUGAGAAUCUGGAGGAAUACACAGGACUGAAGUGUGUGUGGCUGGAAAGUAACGGGAUUAGAAAAAUCGAGGGACUUGAAAAUCAGCCACAACUAAGAUGUUUAUUUCUUCAACACAACCUUUUGUCAAAGUUUGAAAACUUGGAACCAUUACAAGAACUGAGUACUCUCAAUGUCAGCAACAAUGCUAUUAGAACAAUAGAGAGUCUUGAAUGUCUUCCCAAGUUGACAACUCUUCAGAUAGCUCAUAAUCAACUCAAAACUGCUGAUGAUAUGGCAGGUCUUGUGGCAUGUCCAACCAUCAGUGUUCUUGAUGUGUCACAUAAUCGAAUCGAAGACACGGAAAUUAUUGAUGUUCUUAGUCAGAUGCCUGACUUGCGAGUGUUGACUCUGACUGGUAAUCCAGUAAUUAAGAAGAUCAAGUAUUACCGGAAGACUCUUAUAUGUAGACUGGUGAGUGGCAGUUUGAAAAUGUAUAUCCCUUCUGAACAGAUCCUCUGAAGAAGACAUCAGCAAAAAUCAGCACUCGGGUUGUGUGGUAGAUGGCUUCCGUUUUCAUUACAUUAAUUGCUUUAGGCCAGACCAAUGAAAUUUUUUAUGCUCAAACAUUUUGACAUGAAAAGUGGAUGAGCUGAUCGAAAUAAGCAAGCAAUAACUACGUUUUGAGCAUGCACAGUUCUUAUUAAUUGCACCAUGAACAA